AUGGAGGAUCAGAUCGCUCAAUUCUGCGGCGUUACUGGGGCAUCCACUAGGGAUGCUCGCAAAUUCCUAGAGAAAUACAAGCGUGUUGACAUUGCCAUCGAUGCAUACUACAACGACCCGAAUGCUUUCUCCGGUGGCUCGAGACGGAAUAACGAUUCAUCGGGCCCAUCCACCAGUAAGCUCAACAGCUUGUUUGACAAAUACAAGGAUCCUGAUGGACCUGAGAUCACCAUCGAUGGUACGAUCAAGUUGUGCGAAGACCUGCAAGUUGACCCAGAAGAUGUGGUGAUGCUCGCCGUCGCAUAUGAACUGAAAUCCCCGCGAAUCGGUCAGUGGAACAAGAAGGGGUGGACAGAUGGUUGGAAAAACCUAGGUUGCGACUCAAUACCUGGUAUGAAGGUGGCUCUAGUACGGUUACGAGACAAGCUUGGCUCCGAUCCUGGCUACUUCCAAAAGGUAUACAAUCAUACGUUCGACUUUGCCCGCACGGAAGGCCAGCGGAGUCUUGGCAUCGAUACAGCCCAAGCGUUCUGGAGUCUGCUUCUGCCGCAUGGCUUACAGGGCGGUGCACUCGCCCACAUCAGAUCAAGGGACAAAGACGAAGAUGUCGACAUGGUUGAGGAAGAAGGGUGGAAAGAUGAUUACAACCAGUGGUGGUUUGACUUCUUGACUGAGAAGGGCGGGAAAGGAAUUAGUAAAGACACUUGGAUCAUGUUCCUCGACUUUGUCCGUACUAUCGACUCAAAGUUCACCAAGUAUGAUAUGGAAGCUGCUUGGCCGUCGACCAUCGACGAUUUUGUGGAGUGGGCAAAGCAACGGAUUUCUUCCUGA